CUGUACCCAAAACUAGGGGAGUUAAAGUGGCACUCAGGCUUCCACUUAAAGCAGUUUGUAGAAGUUUUCAAUAAUGUUAGCUAUAAUCAGUCCCUGAGGAACCAUCCUCAUGUCUCUCUCCAGUUGCUUGCUUCCCUUUUCUCUAUCAGCCACGGCUCCUUCCCCCUCCGCCUGCUCUUCCCGUUUCGCCGCCUCUUUUUCUAAUUUUCCGGUUUCGUCAAGAGACUAUAGUUCCUUCAGAAAUGAAAACCUUGUUCUCAACGGAGGAGGCUCGAAUCUCUGCUGGCGAUUCUGCGGUUUGAAGCUAUGGAUACUUAAGAGCCUGCAGCUUAGACAAGGCAGCCACAGAAAACACCGGCCUGUAAACGAGCUUAAAACACGCUCAGAUCACACAUUCCUCAGCGAUGAACUAGGAAAAGACUCAAAUACAUCUGCUGAAGACCCUUCUUUAGCACUUACUGUGGUUAAAAGUGAUCCAGGUUUUACUGAAGAAACUGGAGCUACAGAUUUACGACCUGAAGAAAAUAUUCUGGGAGCUGAUUUGAAUGAUGAUGGUUCUCACAAAGUUGGAGACUUACCAGCUGUGUUAAAACAAUUCUUGGGUGGUCUUUCGGAUGUCCAAAUAGGUGCCUCGCUUUGCAUUGCUGUUGUAGGAGCUACUGGUGAACUUGCAAGAGGGAAGAUUUUCCCAGCACUGUUUGCGUUGUAUUAUAGCGGCUACCUUCCUGAGGAUGUUGGCAUAUUUGGUAUUUCAAGAAAAGAUAUUACAGAUGAAGACCUCAGAUCCAUCAUCGCGUCAACUCUGACUUGCCGUGUUGAUCAUCAGGACAAUUGCGGAGAAAAGAUGGAUGCAUUUCUUAGUAGAACAUACUAUAUCAAUGGAGGUUAUAAUAACAGAGAUGGGAUGUCCCAACUUGCCGAAAGAAUGAAACAGAUUGAGGGAGAAUCAAAAGCGAAUAGGAUUUUUUACCUCUCAGUACCUCAAGAAGCUCUCAUGGAUGUGGCAUGCACCAUUGCAGAAAAGGCUCAAGCACCACAUGGCUGGACUCGUAUAAUAGUUGAGAAGCCUUUUGGGUUUAGCUCACAGUCAUCUCAUCAGUUGACAAAGUCACUUCUCUCUAAGUUUGAAGAGAAACAAAUCUACAGGAUAGAUCACAUGUUAGGAAGGAACCUCAUUGAAAAUCUGACAGUGUUAAGGUUUUCAAAUUUAGUUUUUGAACCACUAUGGAACAGAACAUACAUACGCAAUAUACAGGUUAUUGUAUCAGAAUCAAUUGCGCAAAGCGAAAAGUAUUCUGAUGGAUAUGGAAUAAUACGGGACAUAGUGCACAGCCAUAUACUUCAGACAAUCGCAUUACUUACCAUGGAACCUCCGAUAAGUCUCGAUGGUGAAGAUAUCCGGAAUGAAAAGGUGAAGGUUUUGAGAUCAAUUCGCAAACUAGACCCGCGUGAUGUCAUCCUUGGCCAGUAUAAAUCUAGUUCCCAGGACAAGAACGGUGUGAUAUUUAACGGUGUAGACCCUACAUAUUGCGCUGCAGCCUUGUAUAUUGAUAAUGCACGAUGGGAUGGUGUACCUUUCCUGGUAAGAGUUGGGACAGGCCUCAUUAAACACAGAGUGGAGAUUCGUGUGCAAUUCCGGCAUGUUCCCGGAAACCUUUACCGAGAAAAUAUUGGAAUAAACAUAGACUUGGGGACAAAUGAGCUAAUUCUGCGUGACGAACCUGAUGAGGCCAUCCUGGUGAAAAUUAAUAACAAGGUUCCUGGUUUAGGUCUUCAGCUAGACGCUUCUGAACUUAACCUGCUCUAUAAAGACAGGUACAAAACCGAAAUACCAGACUCAUACGAACACCUAAUCCAUGAUGUAAUUGAUGGUGACAAUCAUCUGUUCAUGAGAAGCGAUGAGGUUGCAGCAGCAUGGGACAUUCUGAGUCCGGUCCUAGAAGAAAUAGACAAGCACCACACAGCUCCGGAGUUGUAUGAAUUUGGUGGACGAGGACCAGUUGGAGCAUACUAUCUCUGGGCCAAGCAUGGCGUCCCAUGGGCAGAUGACUGAAGGAGAAAUAUAGGCAUAUUAACUAACAAAGCUUUACAACAAAUGAGAAUGAUUCUGAAUCCAUGCAGUUCAGAUUGUUGAGUUAUGGGACCAUAUGGUUAUUGUGAAGUGGUUAGUUUAGCUUGAAGCUGAGCUAUUCCUUGUAGACUCUGUAGAUAUGUAUGAUAUGCUGUUAUUUGAAUGUC